UGCUGCAGCCUCACAGCGCCUCUGCCUCUGCCUCUGCCUCCCUCGGUACACCCAGAGCCUCCGCCUCCACAAGCCUCCUGCAGCAUGGGACCUCUCCGCCUGGCCUUGCCACUGCUGCUCGCCCUCCUCGGCCGGGCGGCGGCCCAGGACUGCAGCGGGCAGUGCCAGUGCGCUGCGCCCCCGCGCUGCCCGGCCGGCGUGAGCCUCGUGCCCGACGGCUGCGGCUGCUGCCGGGUGUGCGCCAAGCAGCUGGGCGAGCUGUGCACGGAGCGGGACCCCUGCGACCCGCACAAGGGGCUCUUCUGCGACUUCGGCUCGCCCGCCAACCGCAAGAUCGGCGUCUGCACCGCCCGGGAUGGAGCCCCCUGUGUAUUUGGUGGCAUGGUGUAUCGGAGCGGGGAGUCCUUCCAGAGCAGCUGCAAGUACCAGUGCACCUGCCUGGAUGGGGCAGUGGGCUGCGUGCCCCUGUGCAGCAUGGACGUACGCCUGCCCAGCCCCGACUGCCCCUACCCACGGCGGGUGAAGCUCCCUGGCAAGUGCUGCGAGGAGUGGGUGUGUGAUGAGCCAAAGGAGCAGACAGCCGUGGGACCAGCCCUAGCUGCUUACCGACUGGAGGAUACAUAUGGUCCUGACCCAACCAUGAUGCGUGCCAACUGCCUGGUCCAGACCACCGAAUGGAGCGCUUGCUCUAAGACCUGUGGAAUGGGCAUCUCCACCAGGGUCACCAAUGACAAUGCCUUCUGCAGACUGGAGAAGCAAAGCAGGCUCUGUAUGGUCCGACCCUGUGAAGUAGACCUGGAGGAGAACAUCAAGAAAGGCAAAAAGUGCAUUCGCACCCCCAAAAUCUCCAAGCCCAUCAAGUUCGAGCUCUCUGGCUGCACCAGCGUGAAGACCUACAGGGCUAAAUUUUGUGGUGUCUGCACUGAUGGGCGCUGCUGUACCCCCCACAGAACAGCCACUCUGCCUGUGGAGUUCAAGUGCCCUGACGGUGAGGUCAUGAAGAGGAGAAUGAUGUUCAUCAAGACCUGUGCAUGCCACUACAACUGCCCUGGAGACAAUGACAUCUUUGAGUCUCUGUACUACAGAAAGAUGUAUGGAGACAUGGCAUAAAGCCAGAAGGAGACAAGCUAGAGACUUUCAACUUGAACUGUUUUUUGCAUCUCUUUUUUUUUUUUGUAAACAUGAUUCAGUAGCACAAGGUAUUUAAAUCUUUUUUUUAAGUUCAACAAACUUGCUCCACGUGACUUUUAAGACAAAUUGUCUACUGACCCCAAACAUUUGGUUUGAAGAAGAGGGUAAAAUGGACCUUGGGACCACAGCAAAGCACAAGAUCCAGAAAAUGCUGUUCAUGAGGUGUUGUUUAGGGGUUGCUAGGGGCCAUUUGCAGGAAGAGCAGCUCUCAAGCAGUGUUCCCUUGGUGUGGUACUGUGUGUUCCACCUAGUAGUGCAAUGGAAAAGGAGACCCUUAGCAUGUUUGCUGACACUGGGAUAUUGGCAGUGACAGCUGGAAUGUAAAUCCUCACCCAGCAAGGUGCUAAGUAGAAGGUGUUCUGUUAGUCAGGACAGUAAAUGUAUCAGCUUUGACACUGAUUCAAAUGACUUGUUCAAGAAGAAUCAGAAUCAUGUCUAUUAGACUGGACAGCUUGUGACAGUUACUUUACCUGUAACAAGCUACUUUUUAUUAAUAUUGUAAAUACUGUAUAUAUAUUUGUACAGUUAUCUAAAUUAAUUUAAAGUUUUGUGCCUUUGUUAAUGCUUUGGUAUUUUAAUGAUAGCCUCCUCUUUUGGAACAAGAUAGGUAGGAUGUAAGGCUUGUCUGACAAUGCAUUCAAAGCAUGAAAUAGAUACCCUAGUGGAAAUUGUUCAGUUAAGGUGACAGUGAGACUACUUGCUACAGUUGAGGUGCUUCUGUCCUUGGUAGCAUUCAUGUGUAUGGGGAAAAAUAUGGUUACCUCAGCUUUAGUAUGCAAGUGACCUUAAGUAAAGUCAGUACAUUUGUUUUUGUAGCUGACCAAUCUUUCCACAUGGGAGAAUUUGUUUCUUUCUUUGACUAUUGCUGUUCUUUGAACAGUUUGUUUAUUUGUUGAGAAGUGUGACCAAAAGUUACAUGUUUGCACCUUUUUAGUUGGAAAUAAAGUAUUAUAUUUUUUAUAUAAA